UUAUUUGGAGUUUCGUCUUCUUAUUAAGUGAGAUUACAACGUUAUACUUAGAGACUUUCGUUGUUUUUCGCUGGUUUCCCUAAGAAUCAUACUGUCACUCACAAUCAAUAUUGAGUUUAGGGGAAAUCUCCUCCCAAUGUUCUAUGAUAUGCGUCAGACAAAUUGUCGCCAAGCUAUAGAACAAGCUCCUUCGGCCUAAUCACUUGCAAAGGACCUAGGUCGUUGACAAAUUCAAGUACGCUAGAUUGGAGUAACUUCACUUAAUUGUGUAUAUCGUUGCUGUUCGAUGAAACUCACAUUUAGGGAUGCUGCUUAAUGAAGGCCAAAAGGAGAGGAAUCUUAUACUACAUUAUAUAUGGUGAAGUUUUUCCUUGCUCUCUUACAUACAGCCAAAAAAGAUGUUUCUUAUGCAUAAGCUCUCUACCAUAUUUACCUUGUUGUGUUUCAUCUACUAUUAUCUUGUUUGGCUUUGGCUGGUUAAUGGUGAAACUCCUAAUCCAUUUAAACCCACAGAGGUUAUUGCUAUUAAUUGUGGCUCCUAUGGCAAUUCAACUAAUUCAGAUGGACGGCAAUGGAUUGGAGAUGCCCGUACUAAAUUCUUUGUUGCCGAUAAACAAAAUGGUAAAACUAAAAUCUUAAAAGCAGUUGAGAAGGAUCUCUAUGUUGAUCGCGUUCCCUAUUCGACAGCUCGUGUCUCCCAUUCACAGUUCACAUAUACAUUCAACGUCAUUUCAGGCCCAACAUUCGUACGCUUGCACUUCUAUCCUACUUCAUAUGCAGGUUUCACAAGGUCAAACGCCUUCUUUACUGUUAAAGCUGGCCCUUACACCCUCCUUAGUAACUUCAGUACUUCCUUGUCAGCUGAUGCUUUUGGGUUAAAACCUAUUAUCAAAGAGUUCUCCUUGCAUGUUGAAGAAAAUAAACCAUUGAGCUUAACAUUCUCGCCAUCCAGAACCUAUCAUCGCGAUGAGUUUUAUGCAUUUGUUAAUGGAAUUGAAGUUGUCUCCACGCCCACUACACUUUACUAUACUCGACAAGGUGAUUCGGGGACAACUUUUGUUGGACAGAAUUACCAGCUUCUAAUUGGUAAUAACAUUGCACUAGAGACUGUACACAGGUUGAAUAUUGGUGGAAUCUCGAUUUUGUCUGCACAAGAUACAGGAAUGUUUCGCGAGUGGUCUAGUGACUCCAACUAUUUGGUAGAACCAGGAUCAAACGUUUCUCCUUUAACAACAUCAAUGAAGAUAAACUACAGGAAAAUUCCCACCUACGUUGCACCACAAAAAGUGUACCAGACAUCCUGGGAAUUAAUGGACUCGAGCAAGAUGACAAAGAGUGGCUUCAAUUUUUCAUGGAAGUUACCUGUUGAUUUGGGAUUCAGAUACUUGGUUAGAUUCCAUCUUUGUGAGCUUGAUUACCAAAUAAAGGAGACGGGACAAAGAGAGUUCAGUAUAUUCAUAAAUAAUCAGAUGGCUGAGAGUAAUGGGGAUCUGAUCAAGUGGGCAGGAGGGCAUGGUGUUGCAAUGCAUGUCGAUUACAUAGUGAUGAUGGAAGGAGAUAGAAUGGAGGGUAAGCAUGAUCUGCACAUAGCUUUCUACUCAAACUUAACUCGUGAAUUUCAGUUAGCAGAUGUACCUAUGGAUUCCAUCUUAAAAGGAUUGGAAGUAUUUAAGUUGAGCAAUCCUGACAAGAAUCUUGCUGGGGUGAACCCAACGGAUAAACCAUUAAUGCAAAUUCAGGCUACAAAGACUAAAAACCCCCAAAGGUUUGCAUCAGCUUUACAUGGUAUAAACGCUAUUUUUACAAUUGUAGUUCUUCUACUAAUUGUUCUGAAUAUCAUUGUUCACCAUCUACGUGUUUCGAGAGAAAAUGUACAACACAAAGUUUUCUUUUCAUACCCACCUGAGGAACUAUGUCGUCUUUUUUCACUAGCUGAAAUGAAAUCCGCAACUAAAAAUUUCGAUGAUGGAUUAGUUAUAGGAAGUGGAGGGUUUGGUAAGGUCUACAAAGGCAAUAUUGAAGGUAUGACCAAAACUGUUGCUAUAAAGCGGUUGAGUGCCGAUUCCAAACAAGGGGCAGAAGAGUUUUGGACAGAGAUUGGAAUACUUUCCAAGUUUCAACAUGAUCACAUUCUCGCUUUAAUUGGCUAUUGUCAUGAAAGUAAGGAAAUGAUCCUUGUCUAUGAAUACAUGGAACGUGGGACCCUUGCUGAUCAUCUGUAUAAAAGCAACAAUAAUGGUAAAGGUAGACUUGGACCUUUGACUUGGGAAAGCAGGCUAAGAAUGUGCCUAGGUGCUGCCCGAGGUUUGAAUUACCUUCACAAUGGUAGUGAAUCCAAUAUCAUUCAUCGGGACGUGAAGAGCACAAAUGUUUUACUGGAUGAGAACUGGGUAGCCAAGAUUUCAGAUUUUGGAUUGUGCAAAAAGGUGAGGUUGAGUCAUUCACUCACCCAUGUAAGCACGUUAGUAAAAGGAACGUUUGGAUAUCUAGACCCUGAGUAUUUCUUAAAUGGAACAUUAACCAUGAAAACAGAUGUUUAUGCUUUUGGUGUUGUUCUGUUGGAAGUUCUCUGUGGAAGACCGGCUGUAGACAUAAGAGCUGAGGAGGAGCAACGAAGUCUUGCCUUAUGGGCCCAAAGUUGCUUCAAAGUUGAAACGGUUGACCAGAUGAUUGACCCUUCUUUGAGAGGCCAAAUACCAGUUGCAUCCGUCAAAUUGUUUUCAACAAUUGCCAUGGAAUGUUUACAUAACCAUCUUAAAAAACGACCUUCUAUGUCUGAUGUUGUGAGCAGGCUUCAGUCUAUAUUUGACUCUUUGAGUGAGGAAAAAGAUUCUUCCGUAGAGGAAAUGAAUAACUUGGAUAAAAUCAAGGUCCAGCUAGAACAACAUGAGAAUGAAGAAACUGAUCCUCCUAUUGUACCGGUAGAAAUUUUUGAGAGUCAGUCAGACAAGAAUGGAUUUCAAAAUUUUAUACCGGAAGAAUUAUCUGGAAAACGUGUUGAAACAAUGAAUGAUGAUAUGCUCACAGGGUCAAGCGAUGAUCUUGAACAAGUUUCAGGAUCAACUAGUAAUAGUGUUGUAUCUCCCCUUACGAGUGGCUACAUGGAAGGGCGAUCAAAAGUCUAUAGCUUGCAUGAUCUUAACCUUGCUACACAAAACUUCAGCCAGUUCAACAAGUUGGGCGAAGGAGGUUUUGGGCCAGUCUUUAAAGGUUGGAUUAACGAAAAGACACUUGAACCAUGUGGGCUUGGUGAAGGGAUUCCUGUAGCCAUCAAGAAACAUAAUUGGCACGGUGUCCAGGGGCUUGAGGAGUGGCAGGCAGAAGUAAACCUUUUGGGAAGCUUAUCACAUCCUAACUUGAUUAAGUUGUAUGGGUACUGUUCGGAGGACAGGGCUCUGUUACUUGUAUAUGAAUAUGCGGAGAAGGGAAAUUUGGAGCAUGUUCUUUUCAGCAAAAAUACAGCUACUGUACCACUUUCUUGGGAUAUGCGGCUCAAGAUAGCUAUUGGUUCUGCCCGGGCACUUGCUUUCUUGCACACUUCAAGUGUGUCAAUAAUAGUCAGGGACCUCAAACCAUCCAAUAUACUUCUUGACAAGGACUACAAUGCAAAACUGACAGAUUUUGGGUUUGCAAAGAUGGGGCCAUCUGGUGACUCUACCCAUGUCUCAACAAGAGUAAUGGGAACUCAGGGUUAUGCAGCGCCAGAAUAUGUGGCAACGGGCCAUCUAUAUCAGAAAAGCGAUGUAUAUGGUUUUGGUAUCGUGCUCCUGGAGAUCUUGACUGGCUUUCGUGCUUUAGAUAACCGUCGGCCCCAAGGAAAGAAGAAUUUGGUUGAGUGGGCAAGGCCCUAUCUUGACAAGAAAACGAAGAUUAAAUAUGUUAUGGAUUCCCGCAUUGAGGGUCAGUAUUCAUCCAAGGGAGCAAUGAAGGUGUCUAGCAUUGCCCUACAAUGUUUGGAAGCUGAACCUAGGAGAAGGCCCUCAAUGAAAGAAGUUGUGGAGGCUUUGGAACAAAUAGCAGCAAAGGAAGCAAAGAAAAGGAUAUUGAUGAUAGCCUCAGAACCUUCUUCUUCUUCCCCAGACCUUGUUAAUACCGAUAGUUCUGUAGACAGAGGACGAGGACAUGAAGCAGCAUCCAAAUCAAGUUUCUUUCGCAGAGUAUUCUCAAAAUCACUCAAAUAAUAUUACUUACCAUUCUUCAAACAUGAUAUCUCUGAUAAAGGAAAUUAAGGGAAGUAAGCAAACUAGCAGCAGGUAAUCUAUGUUUAGGACUGAAAUUAUGUGAAGAAUCAUAAUAUAUAUGGCCUGUUUUUGAAAUGUGUACGAAUCAUUUGUAUUGAUGAUUUUCAUUGACGCUUAUGCAGGUAAGAUUUAACACGGUCUCUCUGCAGAUUAUGGUAGCAAAAAUGAAACUUCACGGUUAGUGAUGAAUAAUCAAUGUGUUGUGUUUGAACUUUGAAUAAAACCAUGUUAUAUAUUCAAGAACUUAUCAUGUUAUAUAGUCAUUGAGUCACAAACUCCAAUUAGAAUGUAAAUUAACAAUCAUAAUUAUGGGAAUAUUUGUCAAGAGUGUUUUUCUUGUUCUA